UCAAUUAUAUAAAAUCGUGCGGCUGGAAAACGUCCUAGUUCUUACGAAAUUAUUUUUAAAAUCUCUUAUACUAAUUCAACUCCUUAACUUUGGUGUUGCAUUACAUUUGUUAUCGACUUACAUUUCAAUUUUUUAACAUAAGAGCAAAGCGCAAAGACAACAAAAAGAAAAAUGGCGAAUCGAAAACAACUAUUAUUGAAUUGUAGUAUGACAGAAAUUAGCAAUAAAAUAUUAUAUCUAAAUGUUCCUUUUAUUAAUCACAUCAUAUCACCACUUGAAAAUUAAUCAAUAAAAUUCUUAUUUUCACAGUUCAAUACAAAAUGUUUGUAUGUUCACUGCUGGUAGAUGCUAUCAGGAAGAAGGAUAUUGCAAGUUACUCUCACAAAGAGCGAAAAAACGAAGAGAAAAUUUCAAAAUGUUGUUUUCCAAAAUCACUUUUCAUGAACACUCGAAAAUUAGUCAAUAGAAUUUAUAUUAUCACAAUUCAAAACAAUGAAAAUCAAAGCAAAUGGUUCAAAUAUUGCUUGUAGAAACAUCUGUUUUAGCAGCUGUUUAUUCACAUAAUAGCAGGUAUUUUCAGCUGGAAGAAGUCAGAAACUCGCAGUUCUCUCUGCUCCUCACACUUUCUACAUGUGCUAUAUUCUGCUAGUUUUUGGGUUAAUAAACACUUUUCUGGCAAAAACUUGGCUAGCUUGGUGAAUGUUAGCUGUUAGGAAACAAACUUAAUGUAUAUCUAAGUACUUUGUUUCGGAUAUUCCAAAGUCGGAAAAUUAUUCAUACGUGUUUGCCUAUACUGUUACAUUAGGAAUUCAUUUCGCUUUGUUCCUCAAUUUUUAAAAAGUAUACAUGUUCACCAUUGUUCGCAUUGAUUGUUGUAAUUGUGUGAUUAUAGUGCUUCAUACAGUUUUGUGAUUGAAUUUUGUUCUUGAUAAAAUAGUUGUUUCUACUGAGUUAAUAUAAAUAUUAUUAUUUUACUUGUGUAAAUUAAAAUCUAUUAAAAUAUGUCUCGCAGUGAAAGUCGCAUUUAUGUUGGGAAUUUACCUCCAGACAUCCGAACAAAGGAUAUUCAAGAUCUAUUUCACAAAUUCGGUAAAGUAUCAUUCGUAGAUUUGAAAAAUAGGCGUGGUCCGCCAUUUGCAUUUGUUGAAUUCGAUGAUGCGCGAGAUGCUGAAGACGCAGUAAAAGCUCGCGAUGGCUACGAUUAUGAUGGAUACAGAUUACGAGUGGAAUUUCCCCGUGGUGGUGGACCAGGUAGUUUUCGGGGAAAUCGAAAUGACCGAAACCGAAAUGAUGGAGGUCGUGGUGGAGGCGGUGGCGGUGGUGGACGUGGUCCACCUACCAAGCGUUCGCAAUAUCGAGUCAUGGUAACUGGCUUACCAUCUUCUGGUUCAUGGCAAGAUUUAAAAGAUCAUAUGAGAGAAGCGGGUGAUGUUUGCUUUGCUGAUGCUUACAAAGAUGGAACUGGUGUUGUGGAAUUUUUGCGUCAUGAAGACAUGAGAUAUGCUAUCAAAAAAUUAGAUGAUUCACGCUUUAGGUCGCAUGAGGGCGAGGUUUCAUAUAUACGUGUUCGAGAGGAUAAUAAUACUGAGGGCGAUCGUGGUGGACGAGAUAAUCGCGAUAGAUCCCGGUCAUAUUCUCCACGUCCACGCCGUCGAGGUACUCCUACUUAUUCUCCUCUACGCCGCUCAUAUUCCAGGUCAAGAUCUCGUUCACGUUCAAAUUUUUAAUUUAAUAUCAUUACAAGUUUUUAAAUAUCAUUCAAACCAAACACAGCCAAAUAUAAUAAUUUGUAGAAUAACAGCUGAAAAUUAAUGAUUUAUGUAUUGAUGUUUGUAUACAACUAUCCUUUAAAUCCUCAAGUAUAUUUUGUGAUUUUUGUUAAAAUUUAUCACAAUAACGUACUCGAUCCAAAGUUCUAAUUAUUUCACAUUUUAUAAAGCCUCUAUUAUAAAUUCAAAAUCUUACAUAUUACACUCAAUACCAUUUUCAGAACAAAUUGAAAUAACUAAUAUUAAUAAACUUUCCUAUAAAAGUACCAAGAAAUAUUGAGAUAUUGUAGAUAACACAUAAAACGAAAAAUUCUAAUAAUUAUACCUUUAUGAUUUUUUUUAGAAUUAUUUAACUAAUAAAAUACAGCAUUCGAAUUAUGUUAUAAUAUUAAUAUAUUUUUCUUCUUUCCGCUCUAUUCACGAAAAAUGUUAUGGAUGGAAUGGAAAUAUGGAUUAUUGGGAGUAACUAUAAUGAAAAUAUGGAUAACAGGAUUGUGAGGAUUUGGAUUUUUAUAUAAGGAUGUGAAAAUAUUUGCUGCUGAACAUCUACCUUAAGUGAUAUUUUCGCGCGGAAUUUCAUUUCUUCUUUUAAUCCAACGUACUGGAUUGCUGCUAUAUUUAAUAAAUUUCUUCUGUAAUAUGCUGUAAGAGAAGUCCCUUCUGAAUGUAGCAGCUUCCUGCGUUACAUAUUUUGUCUCUUCCACUAUUUUCGCUUCGCUUAUAUUUCAUAUAAUUCAAUGGAGAAGGCACAUAAAAUUGAUAAUACUUAUUGUAUAGUACAAUUUAUAGGACUGCGAGGGAGGAUUAUUAAUUCAACCUUAAAAAUUAUACUUAGCUUUCAACUCAACAAUGUAAAGUCUGCCACAAUGCCUUUAAACCCUUGAAUGAAAAUUUGGACUAAACUCAAGGAAAUUUUAUAUACGCUUAUAAAUAUUGUGAAUGGAAUUCAUUAGUAUUAUCUCCCGUAUUGAGUUGAAUUAACAAUACCUUGGAAUUGGUAUGGACCUUUUUGUUUCAACAGUUCAAUACAUUGGAAAACAUUAGGAAACACAUCUUGCUAUAAAGGAUUGAAGUAUAACUUGAAAUGUCCCUAUUUAGCCUACACUUAACCACCACGUCAUUUGGAUUUCACCAUCAUCUGCGGGGUUAAAUGGAUUUUAGAAGAAAAGGAAGGGUCAAGGUAUUUUGUUUUUGUGUCAUCAUGCACACCCUAGUUUUAAAAGGCUUCGAACAUAAAAUUUCUUAGGACUUCGGAUUUGUCUGACUGGUAAAUAUAUUGCCCAACUGCUUAACCAAA